GAGAAUCUCAGAAAAACACCCGGAUGAAGCGCGUCUCUGUCAGCCAUGAGAAUCUGCUCCACACACGGAAUCCACCGUCAAUAUUAUUAUUACUGAUCUUCAUAUUUCAGAUCGCAGCCAAAAAUGGUCCAGUCCUGCUCGGCGUACGGAUGCAAGAACAGAUACCAGAAAGAUAAAAACAUCUCCUUCCAUAAGUUUCCUCUGGCCCGGCCGGACAUCUGUGGAAAAUGGGUGUCCGCCAUGAAGAGAAGAAACUUCAAGCCCACCAAGUACAGCAACAUCUGCUCUCAGCACUUCACCAGAGACUGUUUCAAACGGCAGUGCAACAACCGUGUGCUAAAGGACAACGCAGUGCCGUCACUCUUCAGCUUCAGCAAACUACAACUACAGGCAUCGUCUCUGGAGGACUCCUUCAGCCCGGACCUGGACUUUCCUCUCAGCCUCCCUCUCUCUGAUGGCGAGGAGACGCCAGUGCUAACGUCUGAACCGAACCGGUCCUGCACCGACCCGGAGCCGAUCCGGGAGCCCCACUUCAGCGCCUGCGUGUCCUGCGACCACAACUACACGGUGGAGGACACGGGUCAGCAGAAGAGACGGGUGGAGCAGCUGCAGGAGCAGAUGGAGAAGCUGCGCAAGAGACUGAAGACGGUCCAGCAGAAGUGCAGGCGUCAGGAGCGACAGCUGGAGCGCUUCAGAACCAUGAGCCGGGUCCAGGGCCCGAAGGACACCGCACCGGGGUCAUCCUACGUCAUUCUGCCCACAGAGAUCUACGACGUGCUGAAGGGCAUCGAGACCAUCGGGGCGCUGUGAGGGUUAAUCCUCUGUCUUCCGAGUGUGUGUGGACUGGACAUGUCUUCAUGGAUUCACUUUAGGAGAGGAUCAGGAACAAACUGAAUAUCCAAUCAGGGCUCGGAGGAUUCUGGAGCUUUUCCGAACCGAUCCGGCAGAGUAACUAAACCCUUCAGCACGGGUUGUGUGUGUGCUCUUCAUUGCUGAGCGAGAAAGACACGAACCCGAUGACCAACGCUUCAGUCAAUCAGGUUCUCAUCUUCAGGAGAUUUCCAGAUCAGUGUUUGUUCAGCUAUUAACUGUAUUUAUAAUUAAAAUGUCUGGAAAUUUUAUUGAAUAGUUUAUUUUUAUUUGAUUAAUGUACUAAGAUGACCAAGCUGGACUUUACUAAACCCUUUUUCAGUAGCUGUAAAGUCUCGUGUCGAAGGGCUGUUUUGAGUUUGUUGUUUUUUGCUUCUUGCUGAAUAAUUUAUUGCUCACAAAACAGUAAUAAUUGUGGAAUAGAUUAAAUUAAGCCAUA